CGGAGAAAAAGCUAGGCUGCCAUUUUACACCGACAACACGGGCAGCUCGUCCGUCCUGUCCGCCGCGGGUAGCUCGACUAACACCGGACUCACCCUCCACACAGACCCCAAACACUCCACCGGGGACUUAACGGGGAAUAAAUCCGGUUUAAAAACGGCGGCGGCGCGUUGAUUUGAAGCUAGGCAACCGAGCUAACGUAGCUCCCGAGCUAACAGGCUAACCGAGCCACAGGAGCUAAUGGUAGUUAGCAGUGUUGCGUAGCAGAGUCUGACACCGUCCGCGGCUCGGUUCUGGCUCAUCUCUACAAAUAUCCACAAACAGAGAUCGUGUAUAGCUCCGUGGUAAUUCUGUGGGUUGAUUAGAGAGUGUGGGUGUAAGUGUCGGAACCACGGCUCGGUUUUAAACCCGGUUCAGAUCAGAUGAGGGAUUGAUCCGGAGACUGGACUCCCACACUGCCUGGGUAAUAACAGCAGGUAUCAUCAGAACCGGGUCUCCACGGUCAUCUGGUGAGGAGUGCCAAAGCUUUUAGGUGGAGGAGUGGCAGACAGUGCCACCCAGGCGUGCAGAGUGGGACUGCAUCCCGUCUCGCAACCCGACGACCAGCUUCCCGAAGCGCCGCAGCAGCCACCGCCGCCAGAUGGACUGCGCACUCUGAGAGCAGAGCGAGUCAGGACCCAAAUCAACCGAGGAGAGGAGCCGGGGGGCCAACGCUCGCCGGAGCAGGAAAGGGAGAGGGCAUCGUUCGGUAGGGAGAGGUAGAGGAGAGGACAAAGCUCAACGAUGUCGUCAAACAGGACCCAGAACCCCCACGGACUGAAACAGAUAGGCCUGGACCAGAUAUGGGACGACCUGCGGGCUGGCAUCCAGCAGGUGUACACGCGGCAAAGCAUGGCCAAGUCACGCUACAUGGAACUCUACACACAUGUAUAUAACUAUUGUACCAGCGUCCACCAGUCCAGCCAGGGCAGGGGCUCUGUGCCUCCAGCCAAGCCCUCCAAAAAGUCCACCACUCCCGGUGGGGCUCAGUUUGUAGGCCUGGAGCUCUACAAGCGACUCAAGGAGUUCCUGAAGAACUAUUUGACCAGCCUGCUCAAGGAUGGCGAGGAUCUAAUGGAUGAGUGUGUGUUGAAGUUUUACACCCAGCAGUGGGAGGAUUACCGUUUCUCUAGUAAGGUCCUCAACGGGAUCUGUGCCUACCUCAACCGCCACUGGGUCAGACGAGAGUGUGAUGAGGGACGCAAGGGAAUCUAUGAGAUAUACUCGCUGGCACUUGUGACCUGGAGGGAGUGUUUAUUCCGACCCCUCAACAAACAGGUAACAAACGCUGUGCUGAAGCUGAUAGAGAGAGAGAGGAAUGGCGAGACCAUUAACACCAGACUGAUCAGCGGUGUGGUCCAGUCUUAUGUUGAGCUGGGUCUGAACGAGGAGGACGCCUUCGCCAAAGGCCCCACGCUGUCCGUGUACAAGGAGUACUUUGAAUGUCAGUUCCUCACUGACACAGAACGUUUCUACACGCGCGAGAGCACAGAGUUCCUGCAGCAGAACCCCGUCACUGAGUACAUGAAGAAGGCGGAGGCCCGUCUGCUGGAGGAGCAGCGGCGUGUGCAGGUUUACCUCCACGAAUCCACCCAGGACGAGCUGGCCAGGAAGUGUGAGCAGGUCCUCAUAGAGAAACACCUGGAGAUCUUCCACACCGAGUUUCAGAACCUUCUGGACGCCGACAAGAACGAAGACCUGGGACGGAUGUACAACCUGGUGUCUCGGAUCACGGACGGUUUGGGUGAACUGAAGAAACUUCUAGAGACUCACAUCCACAACCAGGGUCUGGCCGCCAUCGAGAAGUGUGGAGAGGCUGCGCUCAACGACCCUAAAGUGUACGUCCAGACCACCCUGGACGUCCAUAAGAAGUACAACGCCUUGGUCAUGUCUGCCUUCAACAACGACGCCGGUUUUGUGGCAGCACUCGACAAGGCGUGUGGUCGGUUCAUCAACAACAACGCCGUCACCAGGAUGGCUCAGUCGUCCAGCAAAUCUCCAGAGCUGCUGGCCAGAUACUGCGACUCUUUACUGAAGAAGAGCUCUAAAAACCCAGAGGAGGCAGAACUGGAGGACACACUCAACCAAGUGAUGGUUGUGUUCAAGUACAUCGAGGACAAAGACGUUUUCCAGAAGUUUUAUGCCAAGAUGUUGGCCAAACGUCUGGUCCACCAGAACAGCGCCAGUGACGACGCAGAGGCCAGCAUGAUCUCCAAACUGAAGCAAGCGUGCGGGUUCGAGUACACGUCCAAACUGCAGCGAAUGUUCCAGGACAUCGGAGUCAGUAAAGACCUGAACGAACAGUUCAAGAAACACCUGACCAACUCUGAGCCUCUGGACUUGGACUUCAGUAUCCAGGUCCUUAGCUCUGGGUCUUGGCCUUUCCAGCAGUCCUGCACCUUCGCUCUGCCGUCUGAGCUGGAGCGAAGCUAUCAGCGCUUCACAGCGUUUUACGCCAGCAGACACAGCGGCAGGAAGCUCACCUGGCUCUAUCACCUGUCCAAAGGAGAGCUGGUCACCAACUGCUUCAAGAACAGGUACACGCUGCAGGCCUCCACCUUCCAGAUGGCGAUCCUGCUGCAGUACAACACAGAGGACAGUUACACCGUCCAGCAGCUCACAGACAGCACACAGAUCAAAACUGACAUUCUGGUUCAAGUUCUGCAGAUUUUGUUAAAAUCAAAGCUGCUGGUGAUGGAGGACGAGAACGCCAACGUGGACGAGAUGGAUUUCAAACCCGACACGGUCAUCAAACUUUUCCUCGGAUACAAGAAUAAGAAACUGAGGGUGAACAUCAACGUCCCGAUGAAGACGGAGCAGAAACAGGAGCAGGAGACGACUCACAAGAACAUCGAGGAGGAUCGAAAGCUCCUCAUUCAGGCUGCCAUAGUGAGGAUCAUGAAGAUGAGGAAGGUCCUGAAGCACCAGCAGCUUCUGGCUGAAGUCCUGAAUCAGCUGUCAUCCCGAUUCAAACCCCGAGUCCCCGUCAUCAAGAAAUGCAUCGACAUCCUGAUAGAGAAGGAGUACCUGGAGCGAGUGGACGGCGAGAAGGACACGUACAGCUACCUGGCCUGAACGCCGCCCCCCGCCCUCCCGCCCACCGGCUCUCCUCAGUUUUAUUUUUAUUUGUUAUCUUCUUCUUUUUUUUUUUUUUUUUUUUUAAUUUUAUGUCUGAGUAAUAAAGUGAGGAUCCCUCUGAGCGGCGGACAUGUUGUGAGUGUGUCGCUGACCAUGUGACCGCCCUGAUAUGACAACCCACCACCAACCUGAGGGGGAGGAGGGUGUGAACUUUCUGCUCUCCCUUCAGCGAUGAAGGAACAAAAAAACCCCUCCUGUUGAGACUGGGAAACCCCGUCUACACGCUCGCCCUGUCCCGUCCCAUCUGUAGGACUCAAACACACACACACACACUCUUCCUUGUUGUCAUAUUGUAAAUAACAACCACAGACUCUAAGAGGAAAAAACAAACCCUGCUCCCUUCUUUACAUAGCGCAAAUGUAAUGAAUUAGCCUUCAGCCAAUCAGAGGAGAGCCGCAUCCAAAGGUUUCUGCAUGCUACUGCCUACCUGCACCACAGUGACCACGAUUAAAAGAUUAAAGUUAAAAUAAGAGUCGAGUCACUGGGCAGCCGACGCAGUCCACCGUACGAUGACACGAAAUCGACGCCGGUCCUGUAAUUAAAGUCUGCGACUGAACCGGAGGAGGAGGAGGAAGAGGAGGUGGUGAGUUUAGAGCCGCCGUGACGCUUCUUUAUCUGCUGAAGUUGUCUCUGUUUUGGUUUGAGGUCGGUUGGGUUCGUGCAGGAGGCCUGUUUCAUUACUGAACGGUGGACAUUUGUAUAGUGUGGUUCAUUUUCUAAAUGUGUGAUAAAUAAAAACAAGGAAAGAUUUCUCUAA